UGUUUCCUCUCCCCCCGACGGCACGCAGCUUCGCAGAGACCAGAGACGCGUGACCAUGAAGCGCAAGAACACUGCGCCGCCCAAUGGCAAGUCCAAGAAGCGCGCCAUCUCAGACGACGAGGCGCACGGCAAUUUCCGCCGCGGCCUGUUCGACAGCAGCGUGCUUGCCGACUACACCAGCUACUACGCCAGCUCGCAGCCAUACAAGCACGCCGUGAUCCAGCACCUCGUCGACGACCAGCUGCUCCGCAAUGUGCGCACCGAGAUCCGCGAGCACAUCUCCUUCACGCCCAAGGAGACGGACAUCUACAAGAUCCACCAGUCGGGCGACCUGGCCAACCUCGACGGCCUCGACGAUGCCGCCCUCAAGCGCCUGCCCUCGCUGCUGACGCUCCGCGACUCGCUCUACUCGUCUGCCUUCCGCAGAUACCUCUCCUCCAUCACGGGCGCGGGGCCGCUGAGCGGCGUCAAGACCGACAUGGCAGUGAAUGUAUACACACCCGGCUGCCACCUCCUCUGCCACGACGACGUCAUCGGCAGCCGCCGCGUGAGCUGGAUCCUCUACCUGCUAGACCCCGACAUACCGUGGAAGGCCGAGUGGGGCGGUGCCCUGCGACUGUACCCAACCAAGCAUAUGGAUACAGCCGACGGAGACAGCGUCAAGGUGCCGCUGCCCGACUUCACCGAGGUCAUCCCACCAGCCUGGAACCAGCUGUCCUUCUUCACUGUGCAGCCGGGCGAGAGCUUCCACGACGUCGAGGAGGUGUACAAGCGGGUCGCGGGCGACAUGGAAGAGGAGGAUGGUGGUCGCAUACGCAUGGCUAUAAGCGGGUGGUUCCACAUUCCCCAAGAAGGCGAAGAAGGCUAUGAGGAGGGCAUGGAGGAGAAGCUUGCUGAAAAGAGUUCCCUGGCCCAGCUGCAGGGCGGAAAGGCCGACGUCUUCGACGAGCCGCAGUCACACUGGGUGGAGAACCCGCAUUGGGAAGCCCAGGCCAAAGCCCAGGACGACCAGAUGACGGCCGACGAGAUGGACUUCCUGCUCAAGUACAUGAACCCUAACUACCUGGUCCCCGACACCGUCGAAGACAUUACACGUCUGUUCUCAGACGAAUCGUCCGUGCGAUUGGCAGAGUUCCUCUCGCCCAAGUUCUGCGCCCGCCUCCGCGAGUACCUGGAGUCGAAAGACCACGAGGCCAAACCCAGCCUCCCAUCGAAUCCAUUCUUCACAGAGCAGUCGGAAGUCGGCGUCGCCCGACCUCCCCACAAGCACCGCUUUCUCUACCGCAAGGCCGUCCAGCCCAUCCAAACCAGCUACCCCGAGAACGCCAUCUUGACCCCCUACGACGACCUCGUCGAUGUCCUCUUCCCACACCCGGCCUUCACAAAGUGGCUAUCGCUCAUCACAGGCAUCACCCUCACCAAGAGCAACAUUCUUGCCCGUCGCUUCCGCCGCGGUCUGGACUACACCCUCGCGACCGCCUACGAAGAGGAAGACCCCCAGCUCGAAGUAUGCCUGGGUAUCACGCCCUCCCCAGGCUGGGGCGACGAAGAAGAGGAAGAAGAGCAGGACGACGAGGCACAGACUAACGGUUCCUCUAGCAAGGCCAACGGCAAGGCUCCGGCCGCCAAACCAGAGGAAGAAGUCGGUGGCUACGAGAUGUACAUGGCGGGUGAGGACGAUGAGGGCACGGACGGCGGCGCCCCAGAGGCGUCUACGUCGACUGGUGCGGGCCAGCGCCGCAAAGCCAAGGCUGAUCCGGCUGUGUACAAGAGUGCGGCCGACGAGGACGACGAUGGCAUCUUGUUCAGUCAGCCUGCUGCAUGGAACAAUCUUGCUAUCGUGCUGAGAGACAGAGGUGUGCUACGGUUUACCAAGUACGUCAGCAAGGCCGCCAAGGGCGACCGCUGGGACAUUUGUGGCGAGUACGGCGUCGAGUUUGGGGAGGAUGACGAGGACUCCGCGGUGGGGGAUGUGGAGGAAUAGCGCUCUUUCCUUUCUCCGCUCGGCUGAUAUAGAUCACGACAUGAUGUGAUACGAAUGCAUUUUGGUGUUUUGUCUUUUCCA